AGAAAUCUCCGCAAUUCAAACACCCUAGAUUCUCUACAAUCCUAAAUCCAAGCUUUUCUUAUUUCUCUGGGAUUUUUUUUUAUUCUUGAGUUGUUGAAUUGAAUUACAAUGGCCGGAAAAGGAGAGGGACCGGCGAUCGGAAUCGAUCUGGGAACGACCUACAGCUGCGUCGGAGUUUGGCAGCACGACCGUGUCGAGAUCAUCGCAAACGACCAAGGGAACAGAACGACGCCGUCGUAUGUGGCGUUUACUGACACCGAGCGGUUGAUCGGUGACGCCGCCAAGAACCAGGUCGCUAUGAACCCGGUAAACACUGUUUUCGAUGCAAAGCGACUUAUUGGUAGGAGGUAUAGUGAUGCCUCUGUUCAGGGAGACAUGAAGCUAUGGCCUUUCAAGGUUGUUGCCGGCCCUGGUGACAAGCCCAUGAUCAAUGUUAGCUACAAGGGUGAAGAGAAGCAGUUCGCGGCAGAAGAGAUCUCGUCCAUGGUUUUAGUCAAGAUGAGAGAGAUUGCAGAAGCUUAUCUGGGUUCAACAGUGAAGAACGCUGUUGUGACUGUGCCUGCUUACUUUAACGACUCCCAGAGACAGGCUACCAAGGAUGCUGGGGUUAUUGCCGGGCUUAAUGUGCUUCGUAUUAUUAAUGAGCCUACUGCUGCUGCCAUUGCAUAUGGUCUUGACAAGAAGGCAACCAGUGUUGGUGAGAAGAAUGUGUUGAUUUUUGAUCUUGGUGGAGGUACUUUUGAUGUUUCUCUGCUUACAAUUGAGGAAGGGAUUUUCGAAGUGAAGGCUACUGCCGGAGACACCCAUUUGGGUGGUGAGGACUUUGACAACAGGAUGGUGAAUCACUUUGUCCAGGAGUUUAAGAGGAAGAACAAGAAAGACAUCAGCGGCAACCCAAGAGCUCUUAGGAGGUUGAGGACAGCUUGUGAGAGGGCGAAGCGGACUCUCUCGUCUACUGCUCAGACUACCAUUGAGAUUGACUCCCUGUUUGAGGGUAUUGACUUCUAUUCGACCAUUACCCGUGCUAGGUUUGAGGAGCUGAACAUGGACUUGUUCAGGAAGUGUAUGGAGCCUGUUGAGAAGUGCUUGAGAGAUGCUAAGAUGGACAAGAGUACUGUCCAUGACGUGGUUCUAGUUGGCGGUUCUACUAGGAUCCCCAAAGUUCAGCAGUUGUUGCAGGACUUCUUCAACGGGAAGGAACUUUGCAAAAGCAUUAACCCCGAUGAGGCUGUUGCUUAUGGAGCUUCUGUUCAGGCUGCUAUUCUCAGUGGUGAGGGCAAUGAAAAGGUUCAGGACCUACUGCUUCUUGAUGUGACUCCCUUGUCCUUAGGUUUGGAAACAGCCGGGGGUGUCAUGACGGUGUUGAUUCCCAGGAACACAACAAUUCCAACCAAGAAGGAGCAGGUGUUCUCUACUUACUCAGACAAUCAGCCCGGUGUUUUGAUCCAGGUCUUUGAGGGUGAAAGGGCAAGGACUCGUGAUAACAACUUGUUGGGCAAAUUUGAGCUUUCAGGCAUCCCACCAGCACCAAGGGGAGUACCUCAGAUCACUGUAUGCUUCGACAUUGACGCCAAUGGGAUUCUCAAUGUCUCCGCAGAGGACAAGACAACAGGCCAGAAGAACAAGAUUACAAUUACUAAUGACAAGGGAAGGCUGUCAAAGGAGGAGAUUGAGAAAAUGGUCCAAGAAGCUGAGAAGUACAAGUCAGAAGAUGAGGAGCUCAAGAAGAAGGUGGAAUCAAAGAAUGCCUUAGAGAACUAUGCCUAUAACAUGCGGAACACAAUCAAAGACGAGAAGAUAGCUUCUAAGCUUGAUGCGGCUGACAUGAAGAAGAUUGAAGAUGCCAUUGAACAAGCCAUUCAAUGGCUGGAUGGUAACCAGCUUGCUGAAGCUGAGGAAUAUGAUGACAAGGUCAAGGAGCUCGAAGGCAUCUGCAAUCCCAUCAUUGCCAAGAUGUAUCAGGGCGGUGCUGCUCCGGACAUGGGUAUGGGUGGAGGCAUGGAUGAGGAUGUUCCUUCUGCAAGUAGCAGCGGUGCUGGCCCCAAGAUUGAGGAAGUCGAUUAAGUAAUCCCAUUGUUGUUCUUUCUACUGUGGGAUGGGGAGGUACUUUGGUGUUGUGGGCUCUGAUUAGGUAGUUUUGAUCGGCUGUGUUGAUGUAUGAUUUAGUUUAAAGUCUGAAACACGGGUAUCGUUUACGAAAUCUAAUAUGUCUGCUAUUCACAGUGACAAUUUGCCAAUCACGUCCAGGCUUUGUGCUCCUGAUAAUUUCAAGGCUUUGCGUUUCCUUGAGUUGGUUAGUGUGAUUGUUCUGUUCAGUAGCUCUGGAAGUUGUAAACUCGUUUUGAAUUUAGGAUUUCCUUAAUGAGGUGGUUUCAGAAUUAUCUAUGCAACAUUGCAAGCAUGAAAUGGAUAACAUUUCACUAGCUGUCAUUGGACU